CAACCGGGCUGCGUUGUCUCUUAUGAAAGCUGCGGAGUGAAAUGUUGGAUAACUGCUGUUUCCCUGCCCGCUUACAACCCUAAGUGGAAAGCUGAGUGACUUCUGCUCGUGUAGUUUUUACCAAAACACAUUUAAAGGAAGUAAUUUAAAAAACAGAACGAUAGAGGAUAGAUAGAAAGCCAACAUGGCAAAGAGGAAAGAGUGUGAAGUGACACAGACCGAUACAAAGAAACUGAAGGUGUUGAAGAACAGCGGAGCCAAAGCAAGAGCGAAGAAGGAAGACACAGGUAGUGACAUCACAGACAAAGAGGAGAAGCUCAAGAGAAAAGUUCAACCUAAACCUCGUUCCUCCGCAAAAAAAACUGCAGGGAACAACUCAUCGUCCACCACAUCCUCAACCACCGCCGCUGUCAGAACCAGUAAAUACUUCCAGUCACCUGUUAAGAAGGAGGACUCCGACAGUGACGACUUUGACAUGGUGACGUCAAGAGCACCUGCAUAUAAACACAAGAACGCCAAAAAAACAGAGAACAAGGAAGAAGAAGAAGAUGAGGAGGAGGACAGUGAGGAGAGCGGGGAUGAUUGGGAAGAAGUGGAAGAGCUGUCUGGGCCGCUGGGUCCAGUUGAACCUCCAGAACCGGUCCUGCCCUCUCAGCCUGUAGAGAUAGAGAUCGAGACUCCAGAAGUCAGGAAAAGGCAAAAGAGGCAGGCAGAGUUUGAGAAUUAUCUGAAGCGGAUGGUGAACCGGUUCAAGAAGGACCAGCUGAUAGACACGCACAAGGUCCACCUGAUGUGUCUGAUAGCCAGUGGGAUGUUCCGCAACCGUCUGUGCAGCGAACCGGACCUGCUGGCCAUCACUCUGUCGCUUCUGCCCCCUCACUACGCCAUGGUCGCCAAGGAGCGAAUCGACCAGAACUACCUCUCCGGACUACUCAAGUGGUUCAAAGCUACGUUCACUCUGAACCCCAGUCUUCCCUGUGAGGAGCGUCCUGACCCCUGGGCUCUGCUGGGGAGGCGGCUAGCCAGUCUGUCAGCCAAAAACCACCAGGAGAUGACUCAUCUGUUCCUGCUGGUCCUGAGGUCUCUGCAGCUCUUCUGCCGAUUGGUUCUUUCUCUGCAGCCGAUUCCUCUCAAAGCCCCAUCAGCCAAGAGCAAAGGGGAUAAAUCGCCUGCUAGUGCCCCAGGAAAAAGUGCAAAGAACACAGGCAAGGGGACCUCCAAGGCCAGCCCCUCCGAGUCAAAGGUAUCUACAGGCACCAAGAGACGAGCAGGUGGCGGUAAGACCAAAGAAGACAGAGGGGGAAAGAAAGCUAAGACGAAUAGAAUAAAGGAGGAGGAUGAGGAAAAGGCCAUCGUGUCAGCAGGGCAGAGGCCAAAGAACUCCAAGCGUCGCAGCAUCGCCUCAAAAGUCAGCUACAAGGAGGAAAGCAACAGUGAAGAGGAGAAGGAGGAGGGGGGGCUUAGUGAUGAGGAAUUCCAGGCAUCAAGUGAGGAGGACAGUGCAGAGUCAGAGAGUGGAGCUAAAUCGACAAAGAUUGGGAAAAGAAAUGUGUCCAACAGCAAGAAUACUCCAGCUUCUAAGAAAAAGAGUGGUGGAGGGAUUAACCAGGUAAAGGAAGAGGACAGGAAGUGGGAGAAUGAGGAGGAAGAUGAAGAAGAAAUAAAGAGCAACACAACAAAGCGAAGGAGUGGGAAAAAGAAGGAGGGGCCUGGAGCGGACGAGUGGUUGGAGGUUUUUCUGGACAAAACGUCCUCCUGGGUCUGCGUGGACGUGGAGCACGGUGUCGGGAUGCCUCAACUCUGCUCCCAGAAUGCAACAGCGCCUGUGACGUACGUGGUGUCAGUGGACAACAACGGGUUUGUAAAGGACCUGGGAAGGAAGUACGAUCCCACCUGGAUGACAUCGACCAGAAAGAGGCGGGUGGAUGAAGAGUGGUGGGAGCAAACACUGGAGCCCUUUGUGGGACCUGAGGACGAGAGGGACAGAAAGGAGGAGAAGGAGCUUCAGAACAGGCUGCUGAACAGACCUCUGCCCAUCUCAGUCGGAGAGUACAAGAACCACCCGCUGUACGCCUUACAGAGACACCUGCUGAAAUAUGAAGCUAUCUACCCGUCAUCAGCUACUGUGCUGGGAUACUGCAGGGGAGAGCCCGUGUACUCCAGGGAUUGUGUGCACACGCUCCACUCCAAAGACACGUGGCUGAAAGAAGCUCGGACGGUCAGACUCGGAGAAGAGCCGUUCAAGAUGGUGAGGGGCUUCUCCAAUCGUUCCCGUAAGGCCAGGAUGGCGUCUGAGCUGAAGGAAGAAAAAGACCUGCCUCUGUUUGGAGAGUGGCAGACUGAAGACUACCAGCCGCCUCUCGCUGUGGACGGGAAGGUUCCCCGUAACGACUACGGUAACGUCUACCUGUUUAAGCCCUGUAUGUUACCGGUGGGCUGUGUUCACGUGAGGCUCAACAAUCUGCACCGCGUGGCCAGGAAGCUGGACAUGGACGCCGCCCCUGCGGUCACAGGCUUUGACUUCCAUGGAGGAUACUCGCACGCUGUGACUGAUGGUUACAUUGUGUGUGAGGAGCAUGAGGAGAUUCUCAGAGCGGCCUGGGAAGAAGAUCAAGAGCUUCAGAAACAGAAGGAGAAAGAGAAGAGAGAAAAGAGGGCAACGUCCAACUGGACUCUGCUGGUGAAAGGGCUCCAGAUCAGAGAGAGGCUCAAGCAGCGCUACGGUAAAAAGAACCAGGGCCUGGCGUGCCUUGCUCAGGGAGAGGAGACGGGUGGGCUAUCAUCUGAUGAGGAGGAUGCGGCUGAAGAUGGAAGUCCAGGAGCUAAGACUGCUUCAGAGACACUGGCCAUGUCCUGGCCUCAGAACAGACAAGCAGAGGAGGACGGAGGGAGCAUCAGUGGACUGAAGAAGAAGACGACAACAAAACGAGAAAAGAGAGGACAGGAGAAGCACAUGUUCCCCUUUGAGAAAGUGUGAUUUCAGAAUUUCAAAACUACACCUCAGAUUGGUUGAUAUGAUCCAAUAUAGCAGACCUUUUGCUUUAACAGUAUAAAGCAGGCCUUGGAGAGAGACGAUGAACAAAAGGAAUAUUUUGUAUUUUGUAGUUUUCUGCAGAUUGAUCUAUUUCCUCCAGUGCUGAUCAUUCAUGAACUCAACUCUCCUCAAUUUCCUCAUCACUGUACAUAUUACCACUAGCUCUAUGCUGUGUUGUUAGUUGUUCUUGUAUGGUAGCUGAAUGGAAUUUAAGUACACAUGCCGAGACAUUGGGGUAAAACCUGCAAAACAUAACAAAUCAGUGUUAUCAUUGUGUAAGACUCUCAGCCCUCAUGCAAGUAUUCAUGUGCUUAAACAUUUUCAACACAGACUUGAAUUAAUGGCUAGUAGUGUGGCGAGUAUAAUGUGUUUAUAACCUGAGUCUAAAAAACACUACAAACACUGGCUGAUGAACAUUUUCUAUUUAGGUUGAAGUUGCUGAAAACUCUCAGAAGCUGUACUACCUCACCUACCUGCUUCUGUUGAGUUUCAUCAUCUCCACUGAGGCGAGUGUCCAAAAUCUCCCUCCACUUUCUAAAAGUGGUUUAACGGAGCUCUACUAAUGCUGCUGGCUCAAAUGUUUGGCAUGAAACCCGACAAUGAAAACAUUCACUUGUUUGUUGUGUUCAAGUGACCUCGUGUUGCCCUUCUCUUGAGGUUGAAAAAUGGAAGGAUCAUCGAAACUGUUAAAUGAUUUCUUAUCCAUCUCUCACUCCGUCUCUUCUCACAAACACUGUACUUCCCCCUUUUCCUUGUUAGGCUGCUAAAUCCCCGGAGAGUUUCUGUGUUUCUGUGUUUCACAUUCAGGCACUUGAUCUCACACUCAUCUCUUUCCACACUUUCGUCACUCUUUCACACCUUGUGUAUGUAAGUGUCUUCCCACGCAGCAGACGAUGGCUGCAUUUAAAAUAGGAAAUCAGUUUUUGUACAGAAAAAGUAUUUUUGCAAGAAAUGUUUAAAUAUCAGUAAAAAAAGUCAAACAACCAGUAUAAAUGUUUUUAUACCCUA